AUGUCGGAGAUGACCUCGCAAAUUCUCCCAGUCCAAGCAUCGGGCUGCAACGAUAUCGGGGUGCAGUAUGAUCUCGAAUACCAGCGCACAGGGGAUAUCAGAGCCAUCAAUGCCUCAAUUCACGAAUUCCAGAAAGCUCUAGAUAGCACCUCCCCAGAUGAUCCAAUCCGACCUGGGCAACAAUUUAAUCUCGCUGUUGGCUAUUUGAAUCGAUUCCGAAAACGAGGGGAUUUAGAGGAUCUCAACUAUGCUAUUCAACUUAACCACCAAGCUCUCAAAGGAACUCCGUCAAAUAGCGAAUAUCGAACCUGGCCACUUCAUAAUCUUUCUGGCUGCUAUAGGGAGAGAUACCAGCGGCAAGGAGCUCCAGCGGAUCUCGACUAUUCAAUCCAACUUGGCCGGGAGUCUCUACAACGUACCCCUCCAGAUGACGUAUAUAGAGCUCGAAUGCUUGAGAGUCUUUCUCUCAGUUAUCUAAGUCGGUUUCGACGACUGGGAGCUUUGCGAGAUCUUAAUUAUUCCAUUGAGCUUAGUAGAGCUGCUCUAGCUCAAACCCCUACAGAUGAUCCAAGCCGAUCUUAUCGACUCCACUGCCUUGCGGCUAACUAUGGAACGAAAUUUCGACAAUUGGGAGUUCUAGAAGAUCUCAACAAUUCCAUACAACUUGGCCAGGAGGCUCUAGAUUACACUCUAGCAGAUGAUCUAAAUCAAUCCAAGCGACUUACCACUCUUGCUAUCGGCUAUAGAGACCGUUUCAGACGAUUAAAGCUUCCAGAAAACCUUAAAUAUUCAAUUACACUUUAUAAGAGCGCUCUAGAAAAGAGUAUAGCAGAUGACCCAGAUCGAGCACGGCGACUGCAAGGUCUCGCUGCUAAUUAUAUAUACCGAUUUCGACAAGGAAAGGCUCUGAUUGAUCUUGACCAUGCUAUUGAAAUUGGUCAAGAGGCUUUAGGGAUCACUUCGGCAAAUGAUCCUACUCGAGCUCAGCUCCUCCAUAAUCUAGCUUCGACUUAUGUAUACCGGUACCAAGAAAGAGAUGAUACAGAAGAUCUCAAUUACGCUACCCAGAUGUACCAGAAAGCUCUUGAUUCCUCUGCUUCUCCUGUUCUUGAUCGCAUACAUGGAAGUAGUUUCUUGCUGUUAAUAUACGGCCAAGCUGAAGAUUGGACUCGAGCAUAUGAAGCUGCAUACACGACAACAUCUCUGAUCCCCAAAAUCACCCAACGCUUUCUUGAAAAUUCAGACAAGCAGCGCCGUAUUGCGGCUAUUGUUGGCUUAUCCUCGGACGCAGCAGCUAUUGCUCUGAACGCUGGAAAGUCGGUAUACGAAGCAAUUCGGCUUCAAGAACUUGGUCGCGGAAUCAUUGCCGACUCAUUGAACGGCAUGCGACUUGACAUAUCAGAACUUCGAGGAUUACAUCCCGAAUUAGCCUAUGAGUUCUUUCGGUACAAUGAUGAGCUCGCAAAAUUGGCUGUAUCACCCUCUCAAGAUAGCCAUCCAGACUUCUCGAUGGCCGCAUCACAUGAGAUCGAUCAGCGUUACAACACAGGUCUGAAAUUAGAACAGGUCAUUGAAACCAUCCGGAGCCAUCCUGGCUUUGAAAGAUUUCUCCUGGCUCCAAAUGAGGAUGAGAUGAAGCGCGCCGCAAUUCUCGGACCGGUUGUCAUUAUCAAUGUUAGCAGAUACCGCUGCGAUGCGCUCAUCGUGGAGCGACACGGACUAAGGCUGCUGCAGCUGCAUGAUCUACACGAGGGAGACAUUAAACACUAUGCUGCCACGUUAGAUUCAAUCUCAGUCACUACACAGUUGCUCGAGUGGUUAUGGGACACAAUUGCAGGGCCGGUGCUUGAUUUUAUUAACUUCACUCAGUCUCCUGCUGCCAACUGGCCCCGGAUAUGGUGGAUUCCAACUGGACCUCUUGCUAAAUUUCCAAUACAUGCGGCAGGAUACCAUGACUCCGGCUCCAAUACGGUCUUGGAUCGGGUUGUGUCAAAUUACAGUUCCUCGAUCAAAGCCCUGUUCCAUUUCCACGAGAACCAGCUCAAAGUCGAGAUGCCAGGAUUGCCAGAGAAAGCAGUCCUCGUCGGCAUGCAGAAUACGCCCGGGCAGACAACGCUGCCCUUUGCGUCACAAGAAGUAAAUGAGCUAAAAGGGAUUUGCGCCUCUUUAGAUUUUCAAGUAUGUAUGCCACAGCCAAAUGUAGAUGAUAUUCUCUCAUCUCUGAGGGACUGUGAGAUCUUUCAUUUCGCAGGCCACGGAGAAACAGACCCCUCGGAUCCUUCAAACAGCGCGAUAGUACUAGAAGAUGGGAAGAUAACAGUUGCAAGCCUCCUGCAGAGAAAUCUUUACGCCCGGAAGCCGUUUGUUGCAUACCUCUCGGCUUGCAGCACUGGGCGAAUGAAGAACAGCGACUUGAUGGAUGAAGGGCUUCACCUGAUCGCAGCUUGCCAGCUUGCUGGGUUCCAGCAUGUUAUUGGCACUCUUUGGGAGGUGAAUGACAAGUCAUGCGUUGAAAUUGCAAGGAGAACCUAUGAGCAACUACGGCUGGAGGGUAUAAACCAUCGGUCUAUUGGCGAGGGACUUCACCAUGCUUGUAGGAGUCUGCGUUCCCGGUGGAUUACCGAGAAUGAAGAAAGAGGAGGCUUUAAACGCGGUGAAGGAUUGCAAAAGGUCUCUCAAAAUUCCACCACAACCAGAGAAUUGAAAGCCAGCGAAGGAGAGGUGAGAAAUCCCAGGGAUAUAAUGUCGUGCGAUGAGUUGCCGCUUUAUUGGGUGCCGUACGUUCACUUUGGUAUUUAG